UUUGUCUGCAUGCGCAAAAAAAAACAAAACAAAAAGGUUGUUUUGCUGAAAGUUGUUUAAAUGUAGCUCAAAUUGAAAUAUAUUUGAAUAAAAAAUGGAUUAUGACGAACGUAGUAGCGAUGGCAGCUCCUCCAGCGCUGCACAGGACACAUUUUCCCGUACAACGGCAUCAAAAAGCGGGCCGAAUCCUUCCAUUAUGCCAAUUAGCAUUCUACCGAAGCACAUACAAUUUCCAGACCACUCCAGCACUACGGAAUGUUUAAGUGAACUAAUAAUGUCUGCCUUCACCAUGGGUGCAGCAAUUGUUCAGUUUAUUAACAUCUAUCGCACAAAUUGGUGGCUUCCACAAUCCUUUACCAAGCACUUGGUGAACAUAGAGCUCAUCGAUCCGUAUCUACGGUAUUUCAUACUCAUUCUCAACACACGAAGGUUUUUAUAUUCUGUUUUGGUGGUCAAAUGGCGACAUCGUUACUGGAUAAGAUUGGGAGUCAAAUACGGAUUUGGUGGCUUCGUGCAGUUGUUACUAGCGUACUGUGCCUGGCGAUUAUAUCAGAAACAUUCCCUGUUACUCCUCUUCUACUUAAGUUAUCCGGUCCUCGUAUAUCUACUUAUCUUUGGCUUUCAAUUGGAGCCAUUUUUGCGCACAAGAUUUGAGCUUCCUGGUGUUUAUAUCAAUGACCUACCCGUUCAUAGUUGUACGACCAAUCCGCAGCAGAUUCGCGAAGAGAUUGAGACCUUGCGACACGAUUUCAACAAGAGAUUUAAACAACUUAUAUUUACAUCUAUGCUUAAUGCAUAUUAUAGUGGUCUAGUGCCCUGUUUUUUGGCUAUGAGCAUCAACUACAACGUCAUGAGAGCGGCUCAACACUGCAUCAUUGUGUGCCUGGGCGCUUUUAGUUUAUCCUUUGUGUUUCUGUAUCCGGCUAGGUACAGCGAUAUUUUACACCGGGCCACUUUACAUUUGGGCUGCUGGCACCGAAUGGAUGCCGCCGACCCUAAUCCCUCGCAGCUUAUAUUGGCUGCCAAUGCCUACACCUGGUCAAAGUAUUUAAUCUAUCCGCAAAAUACGGUGGUCAAGCACAACGGUGGACUCUAUCGCAGUCAGGGACCAGUCACAGUUGCCAUGCCUGGUAAUGGUAGUCAUGUACGGUUUUACAAACUCUUCCAUAAUCCAACUGUGAUCUAUUCCACAUUAGCUACACUCCAGGCAGCUGUUCUACUGGUGGAAAUCGCCUCUCUUAGCUCAACUAGCAUUGAAUGGCAUUUUGUUUUGUCCAUUAGUUUUGUGGCCUUCACCAGUAUGGGAGCAUUCUUUAAGCUGGUCAGGGACUAUCUUAUAACCAAGCAUCUGUACAAGUCGGAAGCCAAUAAUUCCAAAGAACCCAUUUAUAAUUGAAAUAUGAAAACAACAAAAUGCAUUUUUUACCUUAAAUUAUAAUUAAAAUUUCCGCCAUAACAAAUACAUCGAUGGUUAUCGCAAAUUAA